UUCUCACAAAACAAAACUUCAAUCUCUCUUUCUCUCUCUCUCUCUCUUUCAAAUUCAGAAACAGUCACAAAAUAUAGAUCUAACCCAGAAAAGAGAAGACAGAGAGAAGAGAGAGAAAUAUUGAUGAUUAGGGUUUAAUCAAGAAGGCAACUUUAUGUUUAUGUUAGGGUUUUUUAUGUUUGGGAUAUGACUCAUGCUCGAGAAUGGAGAAGCUCCUUGACUUCUACUCUACUAAUGGUGAUCUUGCUUUCUUCUCUACUCCAUCUCUUCUGUGUAUAUUCACGGGUAGGGGCAAUUCGGAUAUCUCCACAAACUCCGGCUCCGGCUAAGAAACAAGAAGAUCUAAUGAAGAAGUACUUCGGCGCAGGAAAACUUCCUCCGGUGGAUUCUUUUGUCGGAAUAGGGAUCAGUGACAGUAAAAGAAUGGUACCAAGUUGUCCGGAUCCUCUGCAUAACUAGUAGAAGCAGUUUCUUGAUGUUUUUUUUUCUUUCUUUCAUUUAUAUCUUUAUUUUUCUUCUUGUUUAUGUUAAUGAUCAAUCAAGUAGUGUAUUUUACCCAAAAUACCUACGUUUUUCUUGUUUACGUAAGGGAAAAACGAGGGUAUUUUGGAGAUUUUAAUCACUGAUCUAUAAACAUUUCAUAUAUAUAAUUAAUUUUUCCUUUUCAA